AUGUUUUUUCCGAAAAUAAAUGAGCAUGAGAUAAAACGACAAUUCCGUCGAAAUUUAAAUAUUUAUAAUUUGGUAACUGCUGGUGUUAUAGCGCUGCGUGAGGAAACAGAUACACUGGUAGAUAGUGAGCUAACAGAAUCAUCAGCUUUAACGACAUUCAUGAAAGCUGCUACAACUGAAUGA